AUGCAAGCCAAGAAGUUUAAGUACAACGUCAUCGGACUGACCGAGAAGAGACGGGUGAACCCCGUGUAUGACACUAGAGAAGAACUGUUCUUAGGAACAUGCGACAGCAGAGCAGUUGGUGGAGUUGGUGCUCUCGUCAACACAAACAUGGCAAUGAACAUCGAUUCUUUCGAACAGCUUACAUCCAAAUCGCACGUCUGCGGAUGA